AUGCCGAACCCCGCAAAAUACGCCAUCGUCUCUCUCCCCCUCCGCAUCUUCGAUUCCGGCAAUCGAGAGGGGGCCGUCGCCUCUCUUCGUACCACCGUGAACCCCGAAAAUGGCGCUGUCCAACUCUUCCUCAUUCCUGAGUUCAAAAUUGGUACCCUAGAUGCCUUGGUCCAGCAGGCAGAUGACCUUGCAAAGCUCGACGCUGGUUGCGAGGGUGUGGCGUCUCGGGUGGCGGACUCCCUAAGAACGAUUCUCGACAACGACGAAGAGAAACUCACGCAACACAAGAUCGUCAAUGACAAGCCUACUGAUCACUACUUACAAAACUUCUCCUGGAACAACGUGCGGUACCGGAUAGAUCGCCCGCUCGGCGAUAUCAUCGACACAUUGCAAAAGGAGCUCGUCAACAUCGACAAUGAUGUCAAGGGCAAGUUCACCCAGUACAACUCGGUGAAGUCCAACCUGGCUACUUUGCAAAGAAAGCAAACUGGAAACCUUGCCACGAAGUCCCUGACCCCUCUCAUUAAACCCUCGCUUUUAGUCCAAGACUCGGAAUACCUUGAAACGCAUCUUGUUGUUGUCCCGACCGGCUCUCGAAAAGAGUUCCUCCGCGAAUAUGAGACGCUCGCUCCGAUGGUGGUUCCCCGGUCCGCGAACCAGCUCGCCGAAGACGAUGAGUUUGCGCUGUUUGGCGUGACAACAUUCAAGAAGCACAGUGCUGAGUUCCUGCAGAAAUGCCGUGAACAUAAGUGGACGCCGCGCCAAUACAAAUACGUUGAGGGCGGCAAGGAAGAGGAGCAGCGCGAGCUGGACCGUGUCACUCGUGAAGAAAAGAAAGUUUGGGGCGAGGCUUUAUGGCUGGCGCGUACGAGUUGGAGCGAAAGCGUCAUGAUCUGGAUGCAUGCACUCACGCUCCGUGUGUUUGUCGAGACAGUUCUACGGUACGGCCUACCGCUCGACUACGUGAGCGUUCUAAUCAAGACGUCGCCCAAGUCUGCGAAAAAGCUCAAGACAUCGCUGGAUUCAGCAUACUCAUAUCUCGGCGGCAAUGCAUUUGGUAGGGACAAGAAGGGCAAGAUCACUAAGGACGAUGCCUCGCUGUCUUCUGAUAUGGCAGCUGCUGGUGUCGGGCUAGCUGAUGGCAACGAGUACAUGGCGUACGUGUACUAUGAGUUCGAAUUCCCCUAA